GAAUUCGAAUACAAACAAAAGUUGCUUGCUUUAUAUGGACCGUUAUGUUACGUUUAUUUAUUUCUUUAAGCUAAAUUUUCGUUCUUUUCACGGUAAUAUGUGACGGUUUGUUAAAAAAAACUAUAUUUAAUGUUUAAAAUUAAAAAUGGCUGAAGAUUACUUUAAUCUAAAGCGAAAACUAGAGGAAUUGGGAUAUAACAAUUCCUUACCUUUGGAGGCAGUUCCUCUGGUAGAAUGUGUGCUCGCAGAUCUGCUUCAGACUACAAGGAGUUUACAACAUUACAUGGAUCUUUCAAAAGAAGCUCUCAUGCAACGGGACUCAUUGAUGCUGGAAGCUGAACCAUACAAAUGUGACAAUGCAAAGCUCAUUCAAGAAAAUAAUCAAUUACACAAAGAAAACAUCAAAUUAAAAGAAGACUAUUUGAGGUUGUCUAAAGACAGUAAAAGAAGAAUUAAAACAUUGUCGGAUGAGCUUACAAAGAAGGAGUCAUUGAUAAGUAAGUUGCAACACGAUCUUAGGGACCUGAACCUAAGAGGAUUGUGUGUUAGCACCCAAAGCAGCCGCAAUAAAAGCAGAAGGAAAGACUGUGGAGAUGAUAAUGUUGCUAGAUUGUGCUUUUGCAAUGACAAUAAAUUAACUGGUUCAGAUAGUGACGUCACAGAGUUGAUAAAGAAGACACAAAGCCUGGAAGAUAAGAAUGCAGCCUAUUUUGAUGAAAUAUCACUUUUGAAGAGUCAAAUUGAACACAGGGAUAGUGAAAUUAUAAGGCUGAAUAUCCUUCUUGAAGGUGGAAGGCCUCUUAAAGCUGUUAGCAGAGAUGUUUGCAAUUCACAUACUGAUAAAAAAGUCCAAGAGCUACUCGGGCAGCUACAAGACAUAGCUGCUGAAAAUGAUGUUCUCAGAAAACAAGUCACAGAUGCCUUAGAAAAACAACAUGAGGCUAUGAAACGAGCAUUAAAUCUUGCUGAUAGAAAUAAGACUUUACAUGAUGAAUUGAAAAAAAUGGACUCUUUAGCUUUGACUGUUGAAGAUGAUUGUAAUAAAAGAUUGGCGACCAUGGCAAAUGAGAUGAGUCUGUUACAAGCUAAAGCCGAAAAUCUGGUUAAGAAAAACUCAGAACUUAUGAAUGAAAUUUCACAAUCACCUAAACUAGAUAGACUUCAACUAGACCUAAAUAUUGCCCUGAGGGAGAAGGAGAAUCUUCAACAGAAAGUUACAGAUCUAACUGAUUUAAAUAAAACUUUACAAGAUAAAAUUCUAUCUAUUGCUUCUAGUAACAUAAAUUCUGAAAGAGGACUUAGUGCAAAAAGUAAAUGUGCAACUAAAGAUGAAUUACAUGAAAUUCUAGAGGAAGAAAGAAAAAAAUAUGAGAAAUGCAUGGCAAAAUUAAAAGAACAAUUAACUGAAACAACAACUAUGUUUAACAAACAUUUAUCUAAUUGUAAAGAUAAAGUUUAUAGCUCAAGAACUGGUAUUACUCCAGAUAGUGCUUGCAUAAAGAAUCUCCAUAAUCAAGUAUGUGAGAGCCAACAAAGAAUACUAAUGUUGAAAAAAGAGAAUGAAGAACUUAAAGCCAAGUCUGCUAUGCAAGAUGAAGGUAAUAAACAAAAUUAUAAAGAUGUAAUUAGUCAACUUAAUGCUGAAAAUGCAGAACUUUCUCAGGAAAACAUUUCAUUGAGCAGUCAAUUGAGUCAAUAUAAAAGUAUGAAAUUGACACAAUAUAACACAGGAGGUGAAUACACGAAACAUAAUAUAUUAAAGCUUCAAGAUGAAGUUGACAGGUUAAGGGAGAGUAACAAUAUCUUAAGAAAAGAUAAGGAACAUUAUAUAUCUUUGUACAAGGAAUCUACAGAUUUAGUUGAAAAGUUAAAACGAGAUUUAACUCUGAAGCACAGAGAAAUAGAACAGUUACAGGAAGAAAAUAGUUCUUAUAAAAUGACACACCGGACAGGUAAGGCAUCUGCUGACCGCCUCAAAGAAGAAUGCAACCUCUUAAGAGAGCAAAUAAAAAGAAUGCAAUCUGAUGUUAUAAAAGAGAAGACAUUGGCUAAUCAAAUUAAGAAUAUUCAAAUGGAAACUGAAAGAAGCAGUAAUGAAGUCCAAAGUGAGUUAUUAAGUACUCAGAAGAAACUAAGCCUAUCUAAAGACACAAUUGAAUCAUUACAAAAGAAAUGCAAUGAUUUGCAAUCUGAAAUAACUUCUUUGAACCAUGAUAAAGCAAAGUUAAUGGAGAAUUUAAAAAAGAUUGAUCAAGAUAGAGAUAAAUUAGUUUUAGAAUUGGAUCACAAGACUGAGGCUGUAAGUGUUCUUGAACAGAAAGUUAAAUCUCAGAGCCAUGAGAUAAAUAAACUGGAAGAUGAACUUAUGGAGCUAAAAAGAAGAUUAAAUCUCAACAAAAUAUCAGAACACAAAUUGGUAGAUUUUGAAUCACAAAUUCAAUUCCUAAAUGGGGAAAUUUUACGCUUGAAUCAGCAAUAUGAUAAUGCUGUCAUGGAGAAUAAACAUUUGCAGAAUAGUUUGGCAGAGGCAAAUGGAAACUUGAAAUUAAAUAAAAUUGAAUAUGAAAAAUCUAGAAGAGAAGUAGAUGGUCUUAAACAACAAUUACAGCAUUAUGUAGCAGAAAUCAGGCGAAUUGAAGAAAUGCUCUCACAAAAAGAAGCUGAAAGAUCUGAUAUGUUAGAACACUUUGCGAGUUUGUCUGUUGAAGCAAAUAUAUUAGAAAAUACAAAUCACUCUUUGGAGAGUGAAUCUGCUUCAAAAUCACAACAGUUACAAACAUAUAUUAGCAAAAUACAGGCUCUAGAAGAAAGGCUUGUGGAUAAAGAUAACACUAUUGACGCCCAAUCAGCAAAGAUUGCAACAAUGACCUGUAGAAUUACUGCCUUAGAAAAUGAGGUAAAGUUAGUUACUGAGGAAAAAGCUCAUCUUGAACAGAAUGUGUCAUACCUGAAGCAGAUGUGUAAUAAUCUCCAAAAAGAAUCAGGUCAAGUUACACGUGGCUUGAGCGAGGCUGACUCAGAACUACAACUUUACGAAAAUAAAAUAAAGAUUCUUUCAAAAGGAAAGGCAAGAUUAGAGGAAGAGAAAAAUGAUGUAAAAUACAACUUGGAAACAACUGAAAAGUUACUGGCAAACGCAAGGAGAGAAGUUGUGGAGCUGAAAUUGGCUCUGCAGGAUGCUACAGCUGAAACAAAAUCAUUGCAGGACAGAAUUAAUAGACUAAGUCGCAUAGAAACUGAAAUACAUGAUUCUACAUUGACUCAAGAAUUGGAGCUGCCUCUUAUGUUGGAAGAAACAAUACAUGAGGUCAGCCACGAGGAGGAUGAAGACAGCACUCGUUUUCACGAAGUACAUAAAAGAUUUUCAAAGUACUCCCAUGGAAGUACUUUAUAAAAUCAAUUAUUAGCU